CACCGCCACCACCAACACAAAAUCUUCUCCUAUCUUCUCUCUCUCUCUCUCUCUCUCUCUCUAAACUCAUGAUCUCUCAUCAUACAAAACAAGAAAACUUAAACAUGGAACACACAAAUCUACCCUUGGUAGCCAAGAAGUUUUGGAACAUAGUACGUGUCAUGUACUUCAUGUUAAGGAAAGGAAUAUCAAAGAGAAAGCUGUUUGGUGAUCUCAACAUGAUGAUGAAACGUGGCAAGAUCGCAGGCAAAGCAAUCCACAACCUCAUGUUCCACCACCACCACUCCUCCUCCUCCUCCUCCUCCACCGCCACCACCACGCGCCACCACCUCGCCUCCGCCGACUACGAGUUCAGCUGUAGUAACAGCCCUGCCUUCCCUUUCCACCUCACCAAACGCAACAAACACCACCACCACAGCUCCCACUUCUUCGCUUGUGGUGCUCACGCGCCGCCCACGGACGACGACGUUUUGACGGUAAAUGCGGUGAAGAAGGUGCUCGAGAUGCUGAAUAACAGCGAGGCGGCGUCUCCGGCUGCGGUGCCAGGUUUCUGGCAGAGUCCGGCGGUGAGGGACAUGAUUUAUAGCGAGUUAUCGUCGCCAGCGCUGCCGGGGUUCGGGAAGAGCCCCGCGGUGAGGCAGCUGAGGAUAACGGACUCGCCGUUUCCGUUACGUGACGUGGAGGUGGAUAGCCACGUGGACCAAGCUGCUGAGGAGUUUAUAUUGAAGUUUUAUAAUGAAUUGAAGAAACAAAAUAAAAUGAGUCUGCGUUGAGUAGUGAUAUAGGUUGAUUAUGGGUUUGAUCAUAAUAAAUAACAUAAAAAAAAAAAGAAGAAAAAUGAGAAAAAGAAAAAAAUUUGUAUGCAUGUUCUUUUUUUUAAAAAAAAAAAUUGGUUUGUGGGUUAUUGGAGAGGUUGAUGAGAGGUGUUAAUAGGGUUUUAAGGUAUGGUACAGAGUUGUUAGAAGCACAUGUGCUUUGCUUUCUGUCCAAUUUUUCUCUGUCUCUUCUAGGGUAAGUGUUGAAAAAAAUGAAGACAGUAAUAAAUAUCUUUUUAUUUAUAUA